AUGUCUUCACCCCCGAAAGAGAAGGAUAAAGAUUUGAAAGCUGGCCACCCUCCGGCAGGUUGUUAGAGAACUAUUGUUUUCUCGAAUCGAUAGUUUUGUUGGCCAGCCAUGUUUCUCACGCAAUAAACGAAUGCAAAUACACACGACGAUAAUUCUACGUACUUUUAUUUUGUUUUGUUAUAUUUUGUUUUUAGUGAAAGCAGGAGGGAUGAGAAUAACCUCAAAGCAUCAUCAUCCUCAGCACCCAGCUCCCACGCCAGAGGAGAAAGCAGAAGAGGAAGAAUUUGCAGAACCCAAAGAAAAGUAAGUUCGCGUACGUGCGCCCUUUCUUUCAACGUGUACGUACACGUUUUCGAAUUAGUACAGUUUGUAAAAAGUGAAACGUCACCAUUAAGAGCAUAGUUUUCAUCAAUAAGAAUUCAAGAAACAAAAAUAAAUUUUUUUCAUACGCUUGUUUUCGCGUCGUUUCAUAACUUCUUUGCGAGUUCAAAUAUAUCACGAAAUUUUCUCUGGUGACGGCCACGUGUGGAAGUUGCGUUGCGUGACAGGUGCAAGUGAAUGAGACAACCUAAAUGGUCGAGUUAUCACCAAGUUCAUUUUAAAUAUUUUGAGGGCCUCAUCUCGUUUUUGAGGGAUGAGGCGUUCAUAUUAGUAGGAGGCAGGUGAAUAACAAUAAGGUUCAAAGGGUAGCAGCUUAGGGUAUCCGGUCGUUUCGCCUACGGGUCGUUUCGCCCACGGUCUGUUCGCCUACGAAUAGAGUCGAUUCGCCUACGUCUUAUACGUCAGUUCGCCUACGAGUCAGAUGUUGAAGCUUUAAAUCGGAAUUAUUAAAAGUCCUUGUUCCUUGUAUUAUUCCUUCCAUUUUAUCCUCGAUGGCUAGAAAAACAACGCGCUAAAACAUCUAAGUUCGAAUGUUUUUAAAAACUUUAUUAUGGCGGAACCCGGUCGUGUGAAAGAUAUUUUGCUUAAAAUGAUUUAAGAAACGUGCGAUUGUAAAACUGAGCAUUAAGAUGUGUAUUAAAAUGAAAUUAACCACCGUUUACGGUCUUUGUGUGGUUGUGUAAAGCGCGAGCAGAGCAGUAAACAAACCACUGUUUACGGUCUUUGUGUAGACUUGUGAAGCGCGAGCGGCGCCUAAACUAAAGAAAGUGAGACUUUUCAUUAACAUAUACGAAAUUAGCUUCGGCUUGACUUGACAGUCGGUUCAAUUUCUGCGUUGAUUUGGCGGGCGACUUGUUGAAUCUUUUAUCUCUAUAAACUAGUUUAUGUAUGUAAUGUGUCCUGGUAUUCUGAGUUACUCCGUUUGCGUACUUUCAUCUAACAGACAAAUAAUAUAAAAACUUAAAGCGUCCUUUGUGUAGACUUGUGACUUGAGCGGCGCUCAUACUAAGGGAGGUGAGAGUUUUCAUUAGCAUACAUAGUACUUACCACAAAAUUAGCUUGUUCACACUACACAGCUUGAUGUAACUUUUUAUUUCGAUGUUGCGGCUUGUUAAAUCGGUAAUCAUAGUCAUAUACUUCGGACUGAGUAAGAUAAAUAAACGUUCGUGUUCACGUUUGGACUUGGUUCAAAUAACCAAGGUUUAGAUUAAAGUAACAACCUACACAAAAGAAGGUGGGACUUUUCCCAUUAACACAAUCAAUUCCAAAGGACAUUGUUUAACAUAGAUCAAUUAGCAAAGGAUUACAAAAUAAUAUUAGCAUUCACCAAUCACAACGCUGCGAUUUCGAUCCAUCGGAGAAGGCAUUGACAGUAUAAAAGCCCUAGUAUUUUAUUCUCAUGUCACCAGUUCGUUAGAACAACACUAUUCGAAAAGUCAAUCUACGCUAAUAAUCAUCGAUAUCAUGGAGGAAUUUUACUGUAUCUUUUGUGCUGAAAUCGUAACCUCCCACCAAGAGGCCCUACUCUGCGGCGGAUGCGACAGAUGGCAACACCGUCGUUGUCACACUGGCGUUGACCGAGCCACAUAUCGACAGGCAGUAAGGACCGGCCAGGACAUUUUAUGGACUUGCAUCUAUUGUACAGACGAGACACCAGUACCGGUUGCUGCUAGUUCGAUGAUCAAUACAGGUAUAUAAUUUUUUUGUUAUCUCUUAAGGUUGAUUUCCAGCACUGUGUAAUUUUAAGGCGAAAAUAUUUCAUGCGCUAUAUUGAAUGAUUUAAUCAUUGAAGUAACUAAUAGCUAAUAUAUGUGCUUAAAACCAACAGACUCGAGUACGCCUUCUGCUCUACCAGAGUUGUCUUUACCCGUUUCAUCGCCAUCAGACCUCGGAACAGUCAUGGAAGUGACUAUGUUGUUAGUUAAAACAAGCCGGUUAAGUUUAUGAUUUCAAGAUUGUCAAGUAUGAAAAUUAGGCUAAGUUUUCUUUGGUUGUCUUUCCUUUAGGUUAAGUUGCACAUUAAUUUAGGGCAGCUAAGUUUAGGUAGAAUAAGGCUGGAAUUUCGAACUUAAGGCGAAAUAGAUAAGCAUCGAAGUUAAGCAAGGGUUACAUGUGAAUUAUUUUAUCAAGGGGCGGGUGUCACUAGGACAACCCACACGUUCCCGCAUGUAAUAAGUGUAUUAGAAUUAACACAGAGUGCGGAGGAAUAACAUGUUUUGUAGUUAAAUUUUAUGAUCGCUGACGGUUUGAAUGUCGAUUAUACAGUAAACACAGCUCGGUAAACUUUUUGCUUCGCCUACCGUCACAAAGAACUCCUCUGCGCCCUGUGGAAUUAAACGCGAAUGAUCUGUUGUUUAAGGGGCAGGUGUCACUCGGAUAACCUAAACGUCCCCGCAUGUAAUAAGUGUAUUAGAAUUAAAAUGUCGCGAAAUGAGUACGCUUUAUGGUUACUGAGUGUAAUUGGAGAACCUUGUAAUUCGCAACUCAGAAUAUGCGAUAUUUACAUAACUUGUUUUUACUCGAACGAAGAUGAAUCAAAUUAAAACGGAAAUUUUCAGGUAAACGAACGCUCGUUAUUUACAAUUAUUUCACUUCGAUAGGCUUGACUUUAUGAGUCACGCUCUAGGAAUUGAAUCGACUGACUAGGAUCCGAGCGCGAUCGCACAUAAAGUAGAUGAAUCAACUGUUGUAGCACAUGUUUUAACACGUAGGCGAACUGACAUAUGAGACGUAGGCGAAUCGACUCUAACCGUAGGCGAACAGACCGUAGGCAAAACGACCCGUAGGCGAAACGACCGUAAUUCCAGCUUAGGGAAGGACAAUUUGCAAAAGUGAAUUUGGGCAGGGGGUGGAAGGGAAGGGGUGAGUUCCUGCUUUGCUUUUAAUUUGUUCCGGGCUUCCCAUAUGAUUGUUGUUGUUGUUUUUUUUUCCAGCUUGGAGGUAGUUACCUUAAUGGCUGUUGCAGCUGAAUGCAUUUUUUAUGUGAAUUUUUCAUCCCCCCUCACUUUUCUAAUGGUUUCCAGCAUUCACAGCCAGGGGGUUCAUUAAGGGCCGGGCACCGGGCAAAUUGACCAGCUGUGAACACGACUUUGCCCGUCUGCUUUACAUCUCAAAGAACUUCUUUUUAAUACAAGGAACGAUCAAAAACAGUUUUAAGUUACAAUCGUGCCCAUUUCUUGAUGAGUCUUAUCGAGUGUAAAACAUACUUUGCCGUGCAAUUUCCACUUUAUUACACACGGCAUGAAAUCCCCUCGUUCUUUGUGUGUUAAAAACAAGAAUCGCCCCAUAACACAUUGCGAAAAGAACUGUGCUUCAUAAACGACCACCUGAAAUGUAUCAGUGUUGCGAGCACGUGAGCAUGGCGGCCCAGAAAAGAACGCGUUCGAUAGCGUAUUAUAUUAUUUUUCGACUUUAACCAAAGGGCCUCCAGUAGAGAAAAGACCAAGAGAUGAGUAGACUUCUUUGUGAUUUAACCUUUUACUUGCCUGUAUAUAUUGAAUGGCUUAAUCAUCAUGUUCAACGAAGCAAAGCGUGAUUUUUAUUCGUCUUAUGGUUUACGCCAAUGAAUUAAUUUUCGGUGCGUUCACGUUAAAGCAGUGCUCCUCCCGUCUAGUCAUUGAAAUUUUAAAGAUAAGUUGAUUACGACUCAGCUGCUGACGGUGAGUUUGAGUAAAGAUUAUUAUGAGCAGAGCUAUUAAAAGAGAACCAAAAAGUCCAAUUUGUGUGGUGGGUAUUGGUAUCAAAUCAUGAUUAAAUUGUCUAGAAAAGUUAUCUUUUUUUGGUUGUUGAAAGUCAUUGUCUGCAGCUUCAAAAUGCAGGAAAACACAUCCUUACGACUAUAGAAUUUCAAAAUUUUCCGGGGGAGCAUGCCCCCGGACCCCCCUAGAGGGCAAGGCCCUCCGGGCCUUGCCAAUUCUUUGCCCGGGUGUCAAACUCAGUUGCCCUCCUGUUCAAAACCUUAAUGAACCCCCUGCACAGCUGCAUUAGACUACACAGCAAAUAAUUUUCUUCUCCAUUUCUAACUUUCAGGGCUUCUGAUCAGAAGGUUGUUGUGUCUGGAGUGGUCACAAAAGGCAAUGCUGAUUUCAAGGCAGAUGCAGUUAAAGUGGCCCAUGAAAAGCCUUUGCCGCAACAUGAUAAAAGACCUCAAGGUCCUGGAGGGAAGGCCCCUGGAAUGGUUAUUCAACAACCGAGAAAGCAGUAG